AUGAAUAAGAAAAGUGAAGGAUUAUUUAAUCAAGCAAUAUUUCAAUCAAAUCCAUUAUCAUUACCAUUUAGAGAUUUAAAAUCAUUAAAUAAUUUAGGUGAAAGAUUUAUUCAAGAUUCUAAAUGUAAAACAUUAUCAUGUUUAAAACAAUUAAAUUUUAAUUUAAUUGUAAAAUAUUCAGAUGAAUCAUCAAAUCAUUUAAAUAUAUUACAUCCAAUUAUAUCAUUCAUGCCAUGGACACCUGUUAUAGAUCAUAUUGAAUUAUUUGAACAACCAUUAGAUGCUUUUAAAAAUGGUAAUUAUUUUAAAAUACCAAUCAUGAUGGGUACUUGUUCUGAAGAGGCAAUUAUGUUUAUCUAUUUGGCUCUAUCUUCUCCUUUAAAUUCUAUUGAAUAUGAUGGUGCAUUAUUGGGUUUAUUUGGUCCAAUGUCAUAUUUUAGUGUUCAUUCAUUAUAUCCACCUUAUGGUUCAGAUCAGAGAAUUCAAUUUUCCAUAUUAGGUACUGAUUAUAUUUUCACUGCUCCAACUAGAAAUGCACUCGAAAAUAUUUAUCAACACCAAUCAAAUAUUCCUAUAUUCUUUUAUGAAUUUAAUCAUACUUUAUCUUUUAGUGAACAGGUUUUUAAAGAGAGAUAUCCAUUUUGUAUUGGACAUGUUUGUCAUGGAAGUGAAUUACCAAUUCUAUUUCAUUCAUCUCAAUAUGUUAAUUUAUAUUUAAAUGAACAGGAGGAAUUAUUAUCACAUCAAAUGAUUCAAUAUUGGACUAAUUUUGCUUAUAGUGGUAAUCCAAAUUAUAAAUCAAAGGAUAAUUCUAAAUCAAAUGAUAGUACAAGAAAUGAUAGUAUUGACUUACCAUAUUGGUCUGCAUUUACAACAUCAAAUGUAUUAAAUAUGGAAUUCCAAACACCAAAAACUUCAAUGGUACAAGGUUUAAGAAAACAAAAAUUAGACAUGUUUGAUAAAAUGUGGUUAUCAUCAUGGUUAUUAAUAAAUUAUUAUGAUUAAAUACAGCACGU